AUGAUUCUGAAUCAACAAGUCCUAAGAGCAACAAGAAUCAAAGCAGAGAAAUCAAACAUCAAAAGAAAAAUCAAGAAAGUCACAGUGGAAGAUGAGUAUGCAAGCAAGAUUGAUGAUGAAAACAAGAACUUCAAAAAAGAAGAUGGAAUGAUACUAUAUCAUGGACUGAUAUAUGUAUCAAGAAAAAUCAGAAAAGAAGUGAUGAUACAAGAACAUGACACAGUCACUUCAGAACACUUUGGUAUUGACAAAACAAUAAAGAAAAUUACAAGAAUGUACUAUUAA